AUGUCCAGUAAUGAGCAAUUGUCGCAGCUCGGGAGAGCACUGUCGACAACAGCAGCUGCACUCUUCGGAUCUCAAAAUAUGGAAGAUACUAUUCUGUCAUACAGCAGUCCGUAUAAGAGAGCUUUACAUCAAGCUAUGACAAAUAUUGGAUCCGAUGGAGCAGCUAUAUCUCUGGGUUGGAAGGGGAAGAAUGGUCCCGGAACCUUCCAGAGUCUGUAUUCAUCGCAGGACGGUAAGAGCUUCUUCAGGAAUAAAAUUACUGACUCGAAGACCAGUUUUAAAGUGCUGAGCUAUCUCAGUGACGACUUAUUGCAUGAUAUCCCUGGCGAUGAGGCGGAGACGAAGGCUGACCCUCAUAGCAGGCUACUACUGAAGGAGAACGGGGAAGCGAAGGGCAAGAAAAAGAGUACAACUCAGGAUCCCUCAUUGUUCCAAGGUUUUGAAGCAUCUUUACCUAUCAUUAAUGAGGCGCUCAAGCAUCAGAGCAGCUCAUCGGGGAGCGAAAUCAAGACAAUACGAGGUCCCGAAUUGAACGAUACAGAGUUUAACGACAACAACGGAAUUGGCGAACAGUUCAUUCUUCCGGAUGGUUUAAAGCCAGAAAGAAUCACCGAGUCGUACUCCAGAAGAUAUCUCAAGGCUGUUUCCAGUCAAGUUACUGAUAGUUUGGACCUUUUGGAGAUCCAGAAGAAAGUCGCAGCAAGUGAAAUCAGAGAAAUCGACGGUAAAUUGGAGCGAUUGAGAAAAAUCCGAGAGUCAGUUUUCAAAAGGAUUGCCAGGAUUGAGCAAAAUGAGCUCUUCCUUGAGAAUAAUCUAGAUCUGGUGAGGGACAGAUUGUCGUUCCUGGAGGAAUAUGGUCUGGAGAUGGAAAAUGGGACAGAAAAUGAUGACAAGGGUGAAAUUUCCCCUGAGGUAUCAGAACAGACUGAUUUCAAAGAUUCCGACAUGGGAAAUGCCAGAAGCGAAGAAGACAUCAGUGAUAAAAGUAUCGUAGUCGAGGAAAGCAGCAAUACUUCCGCCUUGAUGAGCCGGUCAAUCUACAUGAAGCUCAAGACGAAAGACGAGAGCCCAGUAAAAAAGUUGCGUAAUUUCUAUCAUGACAACAAUAAGAAGCGCAGAAAGACGUUUCCAACUCUUCAGCAGUACUAUUCCAGGGGAUCCAAGAUAAAUGCUUUCAAAGGUGCACAUAAUGAAUCAAUUACAUGCCUGGAUUUUGAUGUACCAUUUGGCACGCUCUGCACUGCCGGACAUCUGGACCAUUCCAUCAAGAUAUGGGACUUGUCUCAAAAGAAGCAGAUUGGACAGAUGUCUGGACACAAGGCUAGCAUCAGUUGCAUGCAAAUGGACAAUCGCUACAGCAUGUUGAUCACAGGUGGUCGAGAUGCCGUCUUAAAGAUGUGGGAUUUAAAUUUAGGUGCGCAACUUUAUCAAGAACAGAGUGAUGUCAUUCCAAGCACCGAAAGCGCUUGCGUAUACACUUUUGAUUCGCAUGUCGAUGAGAUCACGGCCCUCUCGUUCGACUCUGCCUACCUGGUGAGUGGCUCACAGGAUAGAACCGUUCGCCAAUGGGAUCUGAGCAGCGGAAAAUGUCUGCAGACAAUCGACCUAAGUUUUGCUGGUCGCCUAAGCCAAAAUAACUCAGCCUCGAGCUCCUCAAUGCUAACGCCAACGGAUAUCUCCCCCAUAAUCGGUGCCCUCCAAUGCUUCGAUGCCGCCCUGGCCACCGGUACAAAAGACGGCAUGGUGAGACUCUGGGAUCUAAGGUCAGGCAAAGUCAUUCGCACUCUUGAGGGACAUACGGAUGCGAUUACAGCCCUCAAAUUCGACUCAAGAAACCUCAUUACCGGUUCCCUAGAUCGUAGCGUCAGGAUUUGGGAUUUACGAACAGGUACACUUGCCGAUGCCUUCGCCUACGAGUCGCCGGUUCUCUCGCUAGAUUUUGAUUCCCAGAGCAUAGUCGUCGCGAACCGCGAAGCGACGGUUCAGGUCGUUGACAGAAAUGAUGACAAACACUGGCAAUGCGGUGCCCAAGAUUCAAGUGAUUCAUCUACCGCGCAGUUUGUGCGAUACAAGGACGGUUACAUGGUUGAAGGCCGCAGCAACGGCGACGUUGCUGCUUGGGCUCUAUGA